AUUUUGCUUUGAAGGUGUGGCCUAACCGUAAAUGUAUUCUACUUCCGGUACAUUGAACCCGCCUUUUUUUUUCGAUUGGCUGGUGGGGGCUAUUGUCUCUGCUCGGAUUGGCCAGUCUAAAUCGCUCGGCUCCGUAUCGUGGAAUCCGGACGCAGGAGGCGGGACGUUCCUCUAAGCCAAUGAGCUGAGCAGGAUCAGCUCGCGGGGGCUCGUGCGCGUUGUGUACGUUCUCUCGCUAGUCUAUUUAUAGAAGCCCACAAUCGGGGCCCACGUGACACUGGAGUGACGUCACUAAUGUUGUCGUCGGUCGGAGGAGCCGCAAACAUGGAGGAGGAGAGAGAGAGAGAGAGAGAGAGAGAGAGAGAGAGAGAGAGAGAGAGAGAGAGAGAGAGAGAGUUUGUGUCCGGGAAAAAAAAUAUCUUCUACUUUUUCUCUUUUAAACAAAAAGCUGUAAAUGAGGAAGAAAGCGCGUGAAGGCAGGAAACAGGAAAUAAAAGUGUGCACGAGCUUCGGCAAGAUCAAAGAGUCUAAAGUGUGUGAUCAUCACAGCCGCUCCGCUCAGAUCUGCCAUCAUGGGUGACGGCGAGGAUCCGCUCUAGGACCCCUCGCCCUCCAGAGCGCGCACACACACACACACACACACACACACACACACACACACACACACACACACACACACACACACACACUUCCUCUGGAGAUCAUCCUCACCUGAAUAAGAACGGACGUGUGGAGCCAGCGGACGUGAGAUCCAUGAAUUCAUCCAACACUCCAGGUCUUUCCUUUAACCUGUCUUCGCUCACUUCGAGCCAAGAUGGAAGACUGCUCUCGUCUUCCAGUUCUGCCGUUUAUUAAACUGGUUUAUUUUCAUAACGUUGUAAAGAGUACACCGAGGAAGCCAGAAGACAAUAAAGCGGACACGACAUCCUCCGAGGAAAUCCCAUUUCGGGGGAAUGACUCUCAUCAGUGCAGCGAUAUGAGGGGGAUUCCUAUAACCGGCUGUGUAGGAGGAUGCCGCAGUGAUGCUGCUGUUUCAUUUCGACACGCGAAGGAGGCUCUAACUGGAUUUUCCUCUCUCAGUACAAAAACUGUUGAGCUCUGGAAAUAGCCUCGUUGCAGACUCGCACUGGUGGAGGUGAAGAGCUCGCUGCCCUCGGGCAUGCAGAGUCCGGAGGCUGGAGGUGUUGGAGAACAGGGCGGAGGAGGAGGAAGCGGAGGAGGUCCUGUGGACUUGCGUACGGAUCCACGCCUGAGUGCUCUGAGCGUGAUGGACCCGACUCUAAGGGAACAGCAGCUCCAGCACGAGCUUCUCCUCCUCAAACAGCAGCAGGAGCUUCAGAAGCAGCUCCUGUUCGCCGAGUUCCAGAAACAGCACGAGGUGCUCACACGCCAGCACGAGGUCCAGCUGCAGGAGCAUCUCAAGCAGCAGCAGGAGUUGUUGGCAGCGAAGCGUCAACAGGAGUUGGAGCAGAAGAGGAAACUGGAGCAGCAGAGGCACGAGGAGAUGGAAAAACAGAGGCUGGAGCAGCAGCUCAUCAUGCUGCGGAACAAGGAGAAGGGCAAAGAGAGUGCCAUCGCCAGCACUGAGGUCAAACUGAAACUCCAGGAGUUCCUGCUGAACAAAAAGGAACCCACCUCUGGAGGACUGAACCAUUCCUUCCCUCAGAAGUGCUGGGGUGCUCACCACACGUCUAUAGACCAGAGCUCCCCUCCACAGAGUAACACCCCUGGCACGCCCCCUUCUUACAAACUGCCCCCCCUACUGGGAUCCUAUGAGGGCAAAGACGAUUUCCCGCUUCGCAAAACAGGUGAGUGUGUGUAUGUGUGUGAGAGAGAGAAUGUGUGUGUGGGUGUGUUCUGUGUAUGUGUGUGUGAGUGGGUGUGUGUAUUCUAGAGUGUGUGUGUGAGUGAGAGAG